AUGUCUGAGGAUCUGGAAGAUCACCAGACGAGCCAGGCUACACCUGGCGAGGUGAUCGUCGAUCCUUCUGUUGACGCCCCUGCUACGAGAUCGUGGAUGAUGCUUGACAACGUCUCGUCCGCACCUAAGUUCCUCUUGUCCGCAUCGCCAGCCCUCAUUGCCCUUCUGAACAACCAAGAAUACCUCUCUAUGCAAGUCUCUAAGUUGACUGAGAUGGUGGCCGAGCUGAAGGUCGGCCCUCGAAGCAGACGAUCCUCGGCGAGCAGCCGCAAGAGCGGAGACUCGGAUGUCACCAAUAUCAUCACCACCAACGAGGCCGCCGAUGCCUUGAACCAUCAGCCGAUCAACGUCCGACGAGGAAAGAAAACCCUCGAGUACGGGAGAAAGUUCCAAGAUGCCGCAGGUGAAAUGCUCAAGGAAUCUUGGAAUCCGGAGACUCUCGACGACACUCUUGCCCGCCUCCAGUCUCUGGAGGAUCAUCAAGUGAUCCGUCUCUACAACGGUCUCAGCCAGAAGUUCCGAGACCAGAAGGCCCAGGGAAAGAAGGAUAUUGUGCAGACGCGCACCGAGAGCUUCCAGACUGAUAUCAAGGGCGGGCCAACCACUCCUGGUCGCCGAGGAGAAACGAGGGAGCAUGAAACUUCUGACCUUAGAAGUCAAGAUAUCAAAAAUAACUAGUCUAAAGUCCACUAAAUCUAUACUAAACUUGCCUAAAUUUUCCUAAGUGAAUACUAAAUUUACCUAAGUCUUUUUGUCAUUUAGG